UGGUCGAGUCUGCGCAGGUAGUUCAGGGAAGAGCGGAGCAGUCGAGACGUAAACAAGAUCCGAGCAUCUAUUAGAAAACACCUAGAUAACGACUUGGGCCUCUUUAUUUACUGAUACGAUAAAAUUGUCAAGAAAGUCAUACGCGACGUUUCCUGGGUCUUACCAGCGUGGAAGCGGAGGACACGUUGCGCUCCCUUCUUUCGAUGUUUUGCGUCGACAUUCGCUUGGGUGGAACAGGACUUAGUGGACUUUAUGUGGCUGAAACUUCAAUUUGAAGCCUAUUAAUGCUUUGGGGUCCGCGUGACCAUGUUGCUUCAUCUUGACCUCGUGCUCCUCCUCGUCCUCCUCUUCUUCACCUGUGCAGAUCUGACCUGCGUCAGGAGGGUACUCUCCAAAGAGGACGGGACGCAAGAGGACGUGUUUGUGGAUGACGGGGAGGCAAAUUCAUUCCUGGGUCGUCAUUUGCUGUUCAACCGGUUCGACUUUGAGAUUUUUGUCCCUGGAAACUUGGAAAGGGAGUGUUAUGAAGAGGACUGCAAUUAUGAAGAAGCAAGGGAGGUCUUUGAAGAUGUCCAAGCUACAAAUGAUUUUUGGAAGAAAUACACUGCAGAGAAGGACAAGCGACCCUCAAGAGUCGACAUUACUUCCCUCCUGGUGGCGCUGAUUGUUGUCGGAGUGAUUAUCGUCCUCGUGGGCCUCCUCAGCUGGUAUUUUUGUCCAGGCAAAUGUAAGGACGACUUCAGCCGUGCCAGCUCAGUUCGGGUUCGUCCCAGGAGGAGCAAUGCCUCCCUCAUCAUACGCCGGCUAGAAGAAGUGUCUUUACAGCCCGUGGUCCCACCCCCGCCCCCAAUGAACGAUGUCGGGCUCCCAGGACUGCCCUCUUAUGAGCAGGCCAUUGCAAAAAACGGACAACAUGAUGCCCCACCUCCUCCCUAUCCCGGUUCACGGCAUGGAAGUAUUCGUCGGUAGUGUUUUCAGGAGCUUUACAUCUACUCUUGUGCUUGUUGACACUGUACACAAAUCUCUACAUGAUUACAAGAUGCCUGUGCCUCCUCUUUACUAUUGUGAUUGAGCUGUCCUAUUGCUUUCAUGCAUUUCAUUAAUUCACUUUUAAUAUGAACGUUUGAAACCUAAAAUGUAUUGUCACUACAUCCUAUGUUAUGCUUUUUGUGCUCUAAAAUUCCAAUCUAUACUGAAUUAGUUUAGAUUUUAAGAGCAGUUAAAGGGACAAAUUACAGUGGUGCCUUGAAUUGGGAAUUAAGUCGACUAUGAGUUUUUUUCGAUGCUGGCCAUCGCUAGGCCGAUUUUUUUUGCUUUGACUUCUGUGGAAAAAAUUUAGAUACAAGCACUUUGGUGGCAGCAAACUUACUGUAACUCACUUCUCAUCAAGCAGCAGUUUGGCACAUAGAAAAAAUAUUCUUCAAAAAAAGAGGCUUCAAGCUGUUUAUUGCUAUUCCCAAUUGAAAUUUACUGUCAAACAAACAACAACGUUGUUUUUAAAAUAACCUCAUCACUUUGAAUGUCAGCUAGCUUAAUGCUAACACAAUACAAAAUGCCAUAGAUGGGUUAAUGAAUAGCAUCUAUGUGGGGGUUUUGUAAUGCUUUCCAGGGGUGUCAAACUUGUUUUUGUCACGGGCCACAUUGUAGUUAUUGUUUCCGUCAGAGGGCCGUUAUGACUUUGGAACCAUAUAAAUGUAGGCCUCAUUAUUACAUAAUACACAACAAAUUGAUGGAUAAUUAGUUUUCAAAUCAGAAGUCAAUGCUAUUUUAGAAAGGGAUUUGUUCACGAAAAAUGUUUUUGUAAUAUAUCUCAAUUUGCUAUUUUAAUCCAGAGGAACAUGAGAUAGACACUCAUGAUUUCCUUUCGCGGGCCACAUGAAAUGAUGUGGCGGGCCAGACCAGGCCCCCGGUCAUUGAGUUUUACACCAGUGCUUUAAGCAAUGGAUAUUUGAACACAAACGGUGCAACAACACAUGUAGACAGAAAUCAUACCAAUACUCACAUAUAUAUUCUUUAUCCUGGACUAAUAUUAUUGCAGCUUACUGAGUCUCUUAGUAGUGAAAGUCUUUCUCGUUUGUGUCUGUGUGACUGCAUUACACUGCCCCCCCGGUGGCCCGAGGCACACCAGAAGGAGCACAAGGACUGGAAUGGAUUCAUUGCACUUCCAUUCAUUUCAAUGGCAAAAGAUGAUCUGAGAUAGGAGUGUUUUGAAUUACGAGUGUGGUCAAGGAACAAAUUAAACGCGUAAGUCAAGGUACCACUGUAGUCAUGUUUUUGACCUCUUUUAUUGAGCACUUCCAGUAGUUGUCUUUUAACAUGCUUUUAUACAAAUAUGGGGAUGGUUUUGCUGCUGUAAUUAUUGCUUUACAUGUCUGUAAAAGCGAGUGCGAGACUGAGAAUGAUCUGUGAAUGUACUUCAGUGUUUUCUUUAUGGGGAGGAAAAUGUCUACAGAAGGUAUUUACAGAAGCAAGAAAUACAUUCAACUUUAAAUAAAUAAAUACAUACAUGAAGAAAGAAAGAAAGCAGCAAAACAGAUUUUAAGGCUAUGCAAAAUCAGUAAAUUUCCAGAUGAAAAUGAACGCAUCUGAAGAUACCACUUUUUUUAACCGUAUCGUGGAGGCUUAAAUUUUAUCUUGAGACAUUAAAUAAAUGAAUAUACUAAGUCAA